AUGGUCUCCCACACAGGAUCUGCCAGACUUGCCCUGUUCCUGUUCUGCUGUUUGGGACCCUUCCUGUCCUGCCGCACGGUGCCCACCUACACGCCGGAACCAUAUGACCAACGAGGCAUAAUCGAGGAGUUAAAGAUCUCAUUUAAGGAGCUUUUGGAUAACUAUCUGCAGGACGAGAAAGGAGUGCCAAUAUCCAGCCAGUACGAGAUGCCGUGUUUCACUGCUGACCCCAGACCCCCACACUACCUCGACAGCUCAGCCAUCCUGCCUUAUUUCAGAGCGAUCCAACCAAUACUCAAUAACCAAACUCUUGAUGUGGUCAUAGAACAUCUCGACAAACUCGAAUUUCAACGUGCACCAAAAACAAACAUUUCUGUGCCUACAGAUCAAUUUGAAAAGAAAAGAUUCAUCUUGACUAUUUUAAAUCAGUUUUCAAACUGCCUGAAUUCUGACUUACAAAUGGAGCUGGACUCCCGUCCCCUUGACAGUGGGCUGGAUGGGGACUUGCCCCUAAAGCACAGAGUCGGAGGGAGAGACAGCAACUCGGUGGAGGAGAAACACGGCUGA